AUGUCCCUGGCGGAGCAGGGCCGCGCCGUGCCCCUCGCCGGCCGCCUCUGCCUCGCGGCCUUUGGCAAGGCCGCGCUCGGCAUGGCCGCCGCCGCCGAGGACAUCCUGGGCGAGCGGCUGGAGCGCGGCGUCGUCAGCGCGCCCGCCGGCGGCCAGGAGAGCCUGCGCCGGGCGGGAAUGCGGGACAUGCUGCUCAAGCCGGGCAGCAGGAUCGAGGUGAUGGAAGGCGCCCGGGACAACCGGCCCGACGCGGCGGCGCUGCGGGCGGCGGGCGCCAUCCGCGCGCUGGCCGAGGGGCUGGGCGCCGACGACGUGCUCCUCGUGCUCAUCUCAGGCGGCGGCUCGGCGCUGCUCCCGGCCCCGACGCCGCCCGUGCUCCUCGAGGAGAAGGAGGCGCUCACGAGGCUGCUGGCCGCCCGCGGGGCCGCCAUCCAGGAGCUCAACGCGGUGCGCAAGGCCCUGUCCGUGCUCAAGGGCGGCGGGCUGGCGCGGCUGGCGCACCCGGCGCGGGUGGUGAGCCUCAUCCUUUCCGACGUGAUCGGCGACCCCGUGGACGUCAUAGCCAGCGGGCCCACGGCGGCGAGCGCCCACGGCGCCCAGGACUGCCUCCGCAUCCUGGCCAAGUACGACCUGCUGCGCGGCCUGCCCGCCUCGGUGCAGGCGGUGCUGGGCAGCGCCGAGCCCGCCGCGCCGCACGACUACUCRCACGUCGCCAACGUGGUGGUGGGCUCCAACGCGCUGGCCUUGGCGGAGGCCAAGCCCACGGAGGCGGCGGGCGCCGUGUGCGGCGCCGGGCUGGCCGAGGAGGCGCGCGGCGAGGGACUCGACCCGCACGCCUUCCUCGGCAACAACGACUCCUACUCCUUCUUCCGGCGGCUCCGGCACGGCCGGCACCUCCUGGUGACCGGCUUGACGGGCACCAACGUCAUGGACAUCCACGUGGUCCUCGUUAGAGCCAAGGAGAGGUCCUGAGCGCUCCCUCCGCAGGCAGCUGGGACCGAGGGCAAACGGGGGCAUUAACACUGGAGACAAAUGUGAACCGCUCACAUUAGGGCUAGCUGUCGA